GGGCCAGGCCAAGUCAGGACAACAUCAUGAUACUACCAUGUCGUCCUCAUCGUUCCCAAACCCAACGCGCAUCUCUACGUGAUCUCCACAACGAUGAUAUCGUGUGAAGCAAUGAUGCCUGGAGACUUGACCUCUCUGCUUGAUAGCCCCAACGUCGGGGUCAGUUGCCUGUGAGGCACAUUGGGCCACGUCCUCGGCGACAGGGGCAUCCAGGGAUCGGUAGAGGUUCCAAGCUGCUCCUCCGUCGAGACAAGAUCCUGUGGUGGAUAGUUUGGGGAGACUCUCGCUGUUGUCUGAGCAAUUGUUGCCGCGAAACCCACACAUACUACAGACCCGGAAGGUUUUUGUUUCUUCGCGGUCAUCAUUGCCCGUCGCGGGCAGUAUGGCUUUCAAGAUAUUCAAUAAAAAUCGUCGGGAGCUACCUCUGUCGGCCCCUGGCGACGCAGAGCGGCUCGAACCAGGGUUCCUGAGAAUACCAGUGGAGAUCAUUGUGAAAAUCGUUGAGCUCACCGAUCUCCGCAGUGUUUUGAGUCUUGUUCGAGCAGGCAAGAGGUUCAAGGAAAUUUACGACGGUAAUCGAGGGCACAUUCUUUUGUCCAUCCUGCGGACAGAGUUGAGCCCGUUCGAUGAAGCCCUGCAGGUUAUUACCUUCAAGCCCGAGGACAUUGAGGUGCCCCUGGGCCCUUGCUUGCGCCGAAGGAUAUAUCAUAAGAACAAGGUGAUUUGCGAGGGGGAGAUUCCGCGGCCAGGCGAUGCAGACCAUGUCUUACUCCCGUCCGCUGUGCUCGACGAGGGACAUUUUGAUCGUCUCCUCGGCCUUUUUGAGACCAUCAAGGCAUGGGAGCAGCUAUUUCCUCGCUAUCGGUUCCAGCCCGCGUCGGACUGUCGCGAGCUGCAUCCCAACGAGUCCAUGAGGCUCCGAGCAGCCCUAUAUCGCUGGAUGUCUUACGCCCAGUUCUUCCAUGGGGAGCUCCCGCGGCCAAACAGCUUCGUCCCUCAACAGGGGUCCACGGAUGUCCGGUGCAAGCGGCUUCGGGUAUUGUCUGACCAUGAGCUUUACGAGCUGGACGACUUGUGGGAGACGGUCCAACGCAUGGUAAGGGGGGAUAUAUGCCCUUCCACAGAGACAGUGUUGAAAGAAAUGGACUACUCCAUCUCUAGGGAGGAGGCAGAGCGGAUAGGCUUUGGCACGUCCAGGCUGAGCCUUAUGCGUGCUGCUUUCAGCUGGAACGACUCGACAUUUGUGGACUUUGACACCAAUGUUAAUUCCGCAAUCGUGGACACUUUUCUCAAGCUGUCGCCCGCGGAGAUCCUUAGUUUCGCCUCUAACAAGUCCACCUAUCCCAGGGACAGGUUGGUCCGAGAGGUCUGCCUGGCUCAUCCAAGCAUCCUUCUGGACCGGCAGAGCCUUGGCCCCGCGCUCUCUGCAGUCAAGGACGAGCGGCUUGAAGCCCAUGACGCCGACGCGUCGAUGGGCUGUCACGAUGCUUUCAAGAGCGCGAAGAACGGUGACAGCGGUGGGAUUUUAGACUUCCCUCUCUAUGAUGAGGAGAUACGGGGGGAUUGGUCUCAUGAGGGUAAGAGGGCGCUCGCCUGGUCAGCUCAGGAGGAGCUGGACCUGGGGAUCCGUGUUGUGAUGAACAAAGGCCGACUGGAGCCGUAGACCGGUCGACUUCGAUUUCUGCACGUUGGCGCCGCCAGAGGCUGAACAAAUAAAUGAUUCUCAGACAAAUUUCACCCGGACCUCGAAACGGGGUCGCAAUUGCUAAUCUGUAGUUUCCUGACGCGUGCCCCUUGUACGAUUUGGGUUUUCUUUGUUGCCUGAAUGUAUAAUCGAGGACCUGUGAAGAGGCUACCUACCUAGGUUAGGCAGUCAGCGCUGGAUGCAGUUGAAGCAAGGCACAAGCCACGAGCGUUCCUGACCAUUAGAUUUAAUUUUGAUUUCUUUUCCUUGUU